AGCCGGUACAGGUCAGAACUCUCACGUGCACUUGGGGGAACUCAACUCUCUUUUCUCUUUCUCUACAAACUCUACACACUCCUCUCUCAUCUCUCACUCACAAACACGUAAUCUCUCUCUCCAUCUCUCAAAAGACGCUAGCUAAAAGCUGAAUCUCUACUUCAUUACACGCAGAAACAGAGGAACCACUGAGAAGACUCAAUAGAUUUUGGUUCUCUUCUUCUUGCUUCCUUAUCUUUAUUGCAAUGGUGGACCUCAAAGAUCAAGACAUGGGAGAUGGGAUGCAAUGCACAACACAUCCUUACACAAAGAACCCAGGUGGUAUCUGCCCACUAUGUCUCCAAGAAAAGCUCGGUAAGCUCGUCACUUCCUCUUUCCCUCUCCCUAAACCAAACCACCUCUCUGCUUCCUCUUCUUCUAAAUCCUUCUCUCCUUCUUCCACCACCUCUCUUGCUCUAUCUCUCUCAUCGGGAAGAGACAGCAACAACAACAACAACAACCUCCCGUUUCUUCUUGCCAAGAAGAAGAGCAUUCUCGCAGCUGCUUCUUCAUCCUCAUCCUCUUCUUCGGCUAGUCUUAUCUACAAGAGAAGCAAAUCUUCGGCUGCUGCUUACGGUGAGAGUUUAAACCGCAAGAAACGAAGUGGGUUCUGGUCGUUUCUUCAUCUCUACUCUUCCAAACACCAAAUAGCUGCCGCCACCACCAAAAAAGUUAGCCAUCCUUCGGUGCCAAGAAACCAGACAACAGAGACAUCUAACAAGGUUGUUGGUGGAGGCAUUGAUGUGAUAGUGGAGGAAGAAGAUGAGAGCUCUAGUAGUAACAAAGUUGUUGUAGAAACACCAGUUAGCAGUGUUGGUAGUGGUGCUGGUGGCUCGUCUUUAGAGAGGAAAGUAUUGAGAUCUAGAUCCGUAGGGUGUGGAAGCAGAAGCUUCUCUGGUGAUUUCUUUGAGAGGAUCUCUAACGGGUUUGGAGACUGCGCCUUGAAAAGGAUUGAGUCACAAAGAGAACACACAAAGGCCAUUAGUAAUGGUGAAGCAGCUGAUGCUAUGAGUGAGAUGGUGAAAUGUGGUGGUAUCUUUGGUGGGUUUAUGAUUAUGACAUCAUCCUCAUCAUCAACUUCAGCAUCAUCAACGGUUGAUCAUCAUCACCAUAAGAUGGGGAAUAAAAGCGCAUGGGGAAGGGCGUUUGCAAGUCCAAUGAGAGCCAAGAGUGUUCAUAAAGGUGGUACUACUACGGAGUCUUCAACUGACAAAAACACAACUCCAAACUUGAAUUCAACUCCUUCAUUGGUUACUAUGAAAAGCUAAAAGAAAUACAUUAUAAGUACUUUUAUUUCAUUCAUGUGAUUAGUUAGGCUGUUUAUUUGUUCUUUGGUUUGAUAUUUUGAGUACAACUAGUAAUGUAAUGUCACACUAUUUAUCUUUUUUUCAUUUAUAUGUUUGGCCUAUUGGCUAGAUGUUGUUCAUCAUCAAUAAUUCAUUAUAAAAGCUUAAAAUAAAA